UUAAAACAGCUGCUGGGAUGAUGGAGCAGAAAUGACAGGUCCCGGAUCCCGAUUAACCGGAGGGGCCAGUGAGAGACCCAGAGAAGGGGUGUCGCGCACAGAGUAAAGCGACUCUCGCCGAGCACUGGUGAUCAUGUUUUCUCAUGAUCACAUUGCCUCACUUCUUGGGACUCUGGGGUCCCCUGCUCACGACCUGCGGAAGACAGUUACAGCCGUGACUAGGCUCGCACACUGCUUUCACCGCAGUCGCAGAUAUGGCCAGUACACCAUGAACCAAGAAAGUUCCACCAAAGUUACAGAGAGGCCUCCAUUUGAUCGAUCAAGUUCCCAGGAUUCUUUGGACGAAGUAUCGAUGGAGGACUAUUGGACGGAACUAGAAAAUAUCAAAAGGUCUAAUGAAAAUCGCCAAGAAGGUCAAGAGGCCGUUGUUGUCAAAGAGCCUGAUGAGGGAGAAUUGGAAGAAGAAUGGCUCAAAGAGGCUGGGUUGUCCAAUCUUUUUGGAGAGUCUGCCGAUGACCCCCAGGAAAGCAUCGUGUUCUUAGCCACACUGACCCGGACUCAGGCAGCAGCUGUUCAGAAGCGGGUAGAAACAGUCUCCCAGACCUUGAGGAAGAAAAACAAACAGUACCAUAUUCCUGACGUCAGAGACAUAUUUGCUCAACAGAGAGAAGCACGAGAAAAAUCUCCAGAUGGCUCAGAACCGCAGUCAGUCAGAACGAAUGAAAACAAAUGCCAAGGAAAAGACGACCAGGGAUCCAGUGGGGCUGUUGAUAACAAGGAGCUGAUCCCACGGGUGCCGGAGGACACACCUGCCCCUGAAACAGACAUCAACCUGGAGGUGUCCUUUGCGGAGCAAGCUGUCAAUCAGAAAGAACUCAGCAAGGAGAGGAUGCAGAAGAUGAGAGGCAAUGAUGCCUCAUUGCCUAGUUUCAGAGUGCCAAAAGAUAAAACCGGUACUACAAGGAUUGGGGACUUGGCCCCCCAAGACAUGAAGAAAGUUUGCCAUCUAGCCUUGAUUGAACUCACUGCCCUGUAUGAAGUAUUAGGUGUGGAACUCAAACAACAGAAAGCUGUGAAAAUUAAAACAAAAGACUCUGGUCUUUUUGGUGUUCCAUUAACCAUGUUGUUAGAACAAGAUCAACGGAAAGUGCCAGGAACUCGAAUACCCUUGAUCUUUCAAAAACUUGUUUCUCGAAUUGAAGAAGGCGGUCUGGAAACGGAAGGCCUCCUACGAAUACCGGGAGCUGCCAUGAGAAUCAAGAAUCUUUGCCAAGAACUAGAAGCGAAGUUUUAUGAAGGGACUUUUAACUGGGAAAGUGUCAAACAGCAUGACGCAGCCAGCCUGCUGAAGCUCUUUCUCAGAGAGCUGCCCCAACCACUGCUGAGUGUGGAGUAUCUCAAAGCCUUCCAGGCUGUCCAGAAUCUUCCAACCAAAAAGCAACAGUUGCAGGCUUUGAACCUCCUUGUCAUCCUUCUGCCUGAUGCAAACAGAGACACACUGAAGGCCUUGCUUGAAUUUCUGCAACGAGUCAUUGAUAAUAAAGAGAAGAAUAAAAUGACUGUUGUGAAUGUAGCAAUGGUCAUGGCCCCAAAUCUCUUCAUGUGCCAUACACUGGGUCUGAAGUCCAGUGAACAGCGAGAAUUUGAAAUGGCCGCUGGGACGGCCAAUGUCAUGCACUUACUGAUUAAGAACCAGAAACUUCUAUGGACAAUUCCAAAGUUUCUCGUAAACCAAGUGAGGAAGCAAAAUACUGAAAAUCAAAAAAAGGAAAAGAGAGCCAUGAAGAAAUUGCUGAAGAAAAUGGCUUAUGACCGGGAAAAACAUGAAAAGCAAGAUAAACCUACGAAUGACGCUGACGUUCCUCAGGGAGUGAUUCGAGUGCAAGCUCCCCAUCUUUCAAAAGUUUCCAUGGCAAUACAGCUAACUGAGGAACUAAGAGCCAGCGAUGUGCUUGCCAGGUUUCUCAGCCAAGAAAGUGGAGUUGCCCAGACACUCAAGAAAGGAGAAGUUUUCCUGUAUGAAAUCGGAGGCAAUAUUGGGGAGCGCUGCCUUGAUGAGGACACAUACAUGAAGGACUUAUACCAGCUGAACCCAAAUGCUGAGUGGGUCAUAAAAUCCAAGCCACGGUAGAAGACUAACCAGAGGACUAGUAUCAUUCUUGCUGGGUCAAGAGUGUCAAUAAAAGUCAUAGGUUUCUUAAUUAUUCAGCUGUACCCAGUUAUUAUAAAGUGACACCCCAAGCCUUAAAAUUAUAGAUUUUUGUGGCUGCCACAUUGUUAAUUUUAACAAUUUAAUUAAAAAUAUUUUUGGAGUAAGAGGAAGGGGUUUAAUUAGCUUGUGGGCUGUAUAUACAUCACACUUUAAAAUGUGUUCAGAUGCGACAGCUGUUUGUUUUUUUCUUUUUUUGUUUGUUUUCUAUGAAAUAAAUUCUCUACCAUAUUUUUUUUGGUACUGGGUAUUGAACUAGAAUUUUGCUCAUGAUGGGCAAGUGCUUUAUGACACCUAGUAAUAUCCCCAGCAGAUUAAAUAAUCUUUACUGAUAGAUUUACCAAUGAAGUUUUGGUUUAUUUACAUUUUAAGAAUGUUGUCUCCCCUUUCUUACCUCUUCUUAUCUACCUUCCCUCAAUAAAAUUUGUUUUUUUUUUUUAACAAGAAAGAGAUAGUUAAUAGCAGGAAUGGAAUGCUAUGAAGGCAAACAGUCCUUCCUGCAGCAUCCCAGUUAUUUUUUCAGCUUAUCUGACAUAUGUGCACGAAUCUGUAUCCAUCAUCAAAACCCAAACUGUCAGGAAUGUCCAAUCAUCACCAAAGCAUGAAAUGUUUAAAUGCUCAGGAGAUAUAAUGUGGAUCCACACAGAAUAACUGGAUCACCUCUGACCACAAUGUGAAAAGCCAGAUCACUUCGUGUGUACCACACUAUUCCAGAUGGAAUCUGAAAAGUAACAUAUAAGGUUGCCUGGCAACAUUAUCAAUAUCAUAAUAGUACAAUCUGGAACAACUGGAGAAUGCAUUGUGAAAUGGCACCUUCCACAAUCCCCCUCCCCCCAGAGUGAGUCUUCUGAGUAUGACGAUCACUGAUGUGAACAUUCUUGCCUGUUUUCAUAUUUUAAAUCAUCUGUGUCGGUUUGUUAAGAUGUUAUGGAAAGUAUUAUUCCCAGGGCUUUUCGUGCACAGACCACACUGUGACAAAACACGGACCUCUGCUGUAAAUAAGAGACAUGAAAUAAGAGCAGUGUUUGCUGUUUCACGAGGGUAGGGUGUCAUCGAUAAAAGGUGGCAUGUGUAGAUGAUGCACCGAUGUGCUGAUGACACUGUGCAUAGUUCUUUAGGGGAAGCUCCGCACUCUCAGAAGCUCUUGAUGUCACUCUAAUUGGAAAGGAAAGUGCCGUUAAUGAGAACAGAGAAAUGCUCAGCAUAUAACUACAAGAGCAGCCUGUGGAUAGAUGCUUCAGUAACACUGUGGUGAUUCGUGCCAUUGCUUUUUUAUUUAAAGAAAUUUUAUAAUUAAAUGCCUUUUUCUAAACGA